AUGGCGGCAGAAAGCCCCACAAGCAAGCCGGAGCCAGUGUCCAUUUCACCACUGCUUCAGAGGCUCGCCUACCCCGACACCUCAGAGAUCCAGGUAUCAGCUGGAGAAAUUGCUUCAGCAUUUGCAUUGAUCUUUGAAGACCGUCUCUCAGUUAUACAGACAGCUGCCCUACUCACUUUACUACAUUCGACUGGAUUGGACAGAGACUCGGACGUAAUUGCGCAAUGUGCCAAUCGUAUGCGCGAAGCUGCCGAACAGACCGAGAGGGGGCCAUUGAGGAAAGUCCUACGAGAGAGGGGUCGAAAGGAGGGUGCGUAUCAAGGUGGAUUGUGUGACAUUGUCGGUACCGGUGGCGACCAACAUUCGACCUUCAAUAUCUCUACGACCUCGUCCAUCAUAGCCUCGCCAUUGCUUAUGAUGGCUAAGCAUGGCAACCGGGCACAGACUUCUUUCUCCGGUUCGGCCGACGUCUUAAAUUCAAUCGCACCUAGGCCACCUAAGAUAUCCGCCGUAAACUCGAGUAAUAUUGCGCAGGUCCUUGCCGAAACCAACUACGCAUUUCUCUUUGCACCCAACUUCCAUCCCGGUAUGAUGUAUGCCAACCCGGUCCGACGAGGCCUGGGACUCCGAACGAUAUUUAAUCUAAUGGGGCCGCUUGCCAACCCUGUGGAAUGGGCCCUGGAAGCUCGGGUAGUAGGUGUCGCUUAUCAAAGUUUGGGACCGGUGUUCGCCGAUGCGCUUCGAAUAAGCGGAGCUAAGAAGGCACUGAUAAUCUGCGGCGAAGAAGAUCUAGACGAAAUCAGUUGUGCAGGGAAGACGAACUGCUGGAGGCUUUCCGAAUACCCGAAUCCUGAAUACAAGGGAAGCGAGAGCACAGAGACCGAGGAUGACGACGAUGACGAUGACGAUGAUCAUGAUCAUGAGGCGCCACCCAGAACUAUAGUUAAGCUGGAUACGUUCCAAAUUCAGCCGUCGGACUUUGGAUUGCCAGUCCAUCCACUGUCAGAUGUGGGCGGUGGCAAGCCGCCACGCGAAAAUGCCCUGAAGCUGAUGAGCAUCUUACGGAACGAACUCCCCCGCGAUGAUCCAAUAUUGGACUUUGUUCUCAUGAAUGUGGCAGCAUUGAUCGUUACUUCUGGCGUCUGCGAAGCGGACACCAGCAAUAUGGGGCCCGGAGAUGAUGGAAACGUCAUCAAAGAACGUGGCCCCGGCGGUCUCAGAUGGAAAGAAGGCGUGAGACGUGCGCGCUGGGCCAUCGAGAGCGGAGAGGCCUUGAAGUGUCUUGAGAAAUUUAUCGAUGUCACGAACAGGCUUUAAGGCGGGGAUGCUCAAUUUCUGCAAUAUU